AUUGUUAGCAUGGUGAUUUAGCAUGUAUAAAUAUGCAUGCAUGCUCGCCUACAUAUUUUCAUAUUUGAAACCGCGUAGCUGAAUAAUUACCAUCCUGUUCCAAGAUAGUCUUGGUUCUGAAGAUUGAUCGCAUUAUUAGCAUGGCUUCCGAGUUUAACCUAUCCCCUUCGGAUGCACAUCCCGAGACUAUGGAUUUUCUUUCACAUGCAUGGUGUAACUUCGCUGUGCAGGCUCUGAAUCCUGAGCCACAACAUGGACCAGUUGUUCUAGUUGAUAAUAAUUCCAUGAAGCAAUUAGAGCCUGCUAGCCCCAAUGCUCUUCCUUCGAUGGAAAAAAGUGCUAGAAUGGAUGGUGCAGAUUUCAGUUCUUUGCCAGGAUGGAAGUCUAAUAAUGUUAAGUCAUGGAUAUGGAUGCAGCAAGCGAUGCAUCCUGAAUUGAAUUACAACAGCUGUUUCCGAAAGAAAUGGAUGCCAUGGAAGCAGAUCGUACCACUGAAAAGUGUGUCAAUAAAGAAAUGGUUUAAGGAAAUAAAGAUGAAGAAGAAAGAAGAUCAGAGGUUGCAAAGAGCAGAAGUGCAUGCAGCAAUAUCAGUUGCAGGGGUUGCAGCAGCUCUAGCUGCCAUUGCUGCUGACAAUUCUAAAAAGGAGUCAAACCAAGACAGAGAUGCAGCAGUGGCCUCUGCUGCUGCGUUGGUUGCAGCACAGUGUGCAAAAGUAGCUGAAGCAAUGGGGGCAAAGAAAGAGCAACUUAGCAGUGUAAUUGGCUCAGCCAUGAGUGGCACAAGUGCAACCGACAUCCUAACUCUCACUGCCGCAGCUGCAACAUCAUUAAAAGGAGCAGCCACACUUAAAGUAAGAUCAGGAUGCAAGAACAGAUUGAAUGGGGGAGUUCCUAUCUUGCCCCUUGAAGACAACAAUGAUUUAGACUUUGACUUUGAAAAAGGCAGAUCCAUUCUUGCACAGGGUGCUGAGUUAUAUGUAGAAACACCAGAAGGAAAGUACAUGCCUAGAUCAGUGUCUGUAAUCCUAGACAGCGAAGCCAAGGUUGUACUUAUGAUGAGGAAGCAUAAUCUAUUCAAAAGCAAGAAGGAGGAUAUUGUAAUGACUCUGCAUGCUGAACUGUACAAAGGCUCAGAAGCUGAGGAUGCUGAUACGUGUUAUCUGAUUGUUCUAACAACAAGAGGAGGCAUUUUCAAGCUAGACAUGGCAGAUGAUUUCCGUCGUUACAAGACAUGGGCCACAACCAUCAAUCACAUGCUCAAGAUUUCAGCUUCUUUCGCAAAGUAUGAGAUGCAAUUUUACUGA